AUUAUGUUCAAUCUUCUAUAUAACUUGUGUUGCAAUGAUUAUAUUUUAUUAUCAGAUUUUUGUUUCCUUUCCUUUAGAAGGUAACAAUAAGUUAUGAAUACCCAGAAGUUCUGUUAUUGGAUGUAAAAUGGUGGUUGUGACCUUAUUACAAAUACAAUCUAUGCAUGAAAAGUGUAUGAAUGCUUUCAACUUUUCAUUGAUAAUUCAUUUGACGUCAUCUUCAUUCGAACAUUUGUCAUCCUAUUUGGAAAUUUGAGGUUGUAUAUCAUUUAGAAAUACACAUAGUAUCUCCAUAAAGCAAUUCCAGAUGGCUGGUGGUAACAUCAAUUCAAGUGAACACAUUGAUACAACUUUUACCAAAAUCUUUGUUGGAGGUUUAGCUUGGGAGACUCAAAGGGACACAGUGAGAAGGUAUUUUGAGCAGUUUGGAGAGAUUUUAGAGGCUGUUGUUAUCACAGAUAAGAACACUGGAAGAUCCAAGGGUUAUGGUUUUAUCACAUUCAAGGAUCCUGAGGUAGCAAUGAAAGCAGUUCAAAACCCAUAUCCAAUAAUUGAUGGACGGAAGACAAAUUGCAACAUUGCAUCUAUUGGUGCAAACAAGAAUCGCAGACAGGCUCCACAACCUGGUCGGUUUAUAGAAGCACCUGGUUUAUUGGCUUCACCUGUUUAUCAUGACCCUUUCUCUACAUUUUUCAAUCAAAACAAUGGGCAAUACACAUUUCCUAAUUCAACUUUUGGCAGAUAUAUUCAACCUUCACAUGACAUUAUGUACCCGAUGAACUGUUAUGGAGUACUUGGAGGAGGGCAACAGUUCUCAACUUACUAUCCCUACAUUGGGCCAUCUGAACCUAUAGGAUUGGUCCAUAACACUUACCCUUUUUCUUCUCAGUAUGCACACAAUAUCGAAGCUCAAGGUUUUGGAUUCCACCAUUAUCCCCAAAUGAUGCAUUCUCCAGUUAUUCCUAGGCACUAUGGCUCACCUGGUAUCCUUAGGUUUCCUUCGUCAAUGGAAAGACCAACUAUUAGUGCAGUUACCAGAACUGCAACAACAAAAAGAGAGAUACUAAGAACAUGUGCAGAUGCUUCACAAACCAGUGAAACAACUUCUGAACAAGAUUCUUCAGCUGAAUCUUCACAUAAAUAAUCAAAUGAUGUCUUGAAAGCAUAAUUACAGAAGAGGCAAAGAUACAAGUAUGUACUAAGAGAAGUAAUCCAAUAACUCAAAAAAGAAAGGGUUCAUUCAAAGAAUGAAUUAAUGAUGUACAUUAUAUUAAGUUUGUCCACUAAUUGACCUAAUUAAUCCUUCCAUCAUGUUCUCAAUAUUGAAGACUUGUACUCUUCCUAAUAGACAGACUAUUUUUCUAAGUAGCUUACAACAAUGACACCUUGUUUGUAUGAAAUGGCAAAGGGCUCAUAAGAUGUUAUUUUAUCAACAAUGAAAGAUAUAUAAGAUACAGAAAACAUUUCAUGCUCCAACCUUUUUACCUAUUUAGUGCUACAUAAAUCGAUUUUUUAAGGAAUGGCUAUGAACCAUAAUUACCAACAAUUUGAAAGUAUAAACUUUCUCUUAAAAGAAUUAUGCGACAACUGCUGAAGACAUAAUACCAGCUAUUUUUCAGCAUCUUUUUGUUAUUUUAUAUUUUCUUUUUGGCUUAAUACCUCUAUUGGUCCUCUUAUUUGUCAAUUAAUCUCAUUUUGGUCCUCAAGUUUGCAACAAUAUCAAUUUAGUCAUAAUUUUUGUAAAAAUGCACAAAUUGUACCCCAUCCGUUAAGUAUUAGCAAACGGUGUUAAGUGAAGUCCAUGUAUUGCGUUAAUAAAUGUAUUUUUUUUUUAAC